CUCAAGUUCGAAUCCCAACUCAUGCUAAUGAAAGUAAAGGCGGCUGUGCAAAGUGCUGAUCGCACAUUCUCUUCAAACGCCGAGGUCUAGAGUCAUAUGAAUUACUUCAUCGGCCAAUAGAAUCGCUAGGUCUAAAAAAGGAUAUUUUACUUAAUAUUAAAUAGUGUAGUGGUGUUGGUUAAGAUGAAUGUUAGAGAAAACCUACCUUAAUAAUAUUUGUAUACUUAAAGAUCACAUCUACUCGCUGUCUAAUCCAUCUACUUUUAGUGUAACACAUCUACCUAAUGUGAAACACAUCCGAUCAUUGUGUAAUACGUGACUUCAAAUCAAGAAAAAUGAACUUCAGCAUUUCAUUAUUUAUCAUAUUUGUCAUCAAAGCCACGUUGACUGAAUCAAUGACCUACACACUGAACAAAGGAGACCCAUUCAUCUGUUAUUGUGAGAUAUCAACCAAACUAAGCCUGGAAUGGAUACUACAAAAAGUCAACGGGCAGGAGAUCAGCCUGGUCAGGGAGUGCUACACGCCAUUCACCAGUUGUGACAUCCGGUAUGAUCCAGCGAAUUUUACACUAGUGACUGAAGCUCGAUAUGCAUUCAUGCACGAUUCGUCUCUACCUCAGUCUUUUGAAUCUAGACUGACAGUGAAGCAUGUGGACAAAGAUAUGCGACGUGUAUUUUGUACCAACGAUGUUUUAUAUGGACGAGACAGAUGCUGGAUGAAUGUUGUGGAUUACGUUCCUCCUGACGACGGCACUUCCAAGAGCCCAACAACAUAUUCACCACGAUUGCCUUCAACUACCCAGUCCUCGGUCUCCAUUAAUGCAGGUCUGGUGUUUAGCUGCUCAAUUUUACCUUUUGUAGGCGUGAUAGGCAUUUCUAUACUGGUUAAUUGCUUUAUUAACCGCUGGAGUAAUCGUAAAGCUUUACAAAGGCGAAAUGAAGCCAUGCCUGCUACUAGUAAUACGCCUCAGUUAACGCCAGUAACGGUUCCUAGAUCUUAUCAAAAUGAGCAGUGCUCAACAAACGUCAACCCACUAGUUUAUCCAAGUAACAACACACCAGUCACCCAGUCGCCCCAGCACACAGCAUCAAUACAGAGCCCUGCCCCAAACGACUCACCACCGCCGUAUUCCAGUCUAAAUGAACUAAGAGUCGAACCGCCCCCAUACACGAUACUGCCAGCUGAAAGCUACAACUGCGAGUCUGCUCCAUCGCAACAAGCACAGAAUGUUCCUCCUCCAUACACGACAACAUACAUUGCGACAUACAACAGUGUGUCUCCAUCGGCCCAACAACAAGCAACCACUGAACCGCCACCACCGUACUCAGUGUGGCAUACAAGCUGAAACUCCACAAAUGGUCUUCGUUGGAUGAAUGAUGUUAUCCUGCAUACUUUAUCAUGAAGCUAAAAUUUCUGUUUUCUCUAUCAAUUAAAAUGUGUCUAUAUUCUUCAGUAUUAUUUUAACUUGUUGCUAAUGGAAUAAAUCAUUAUUGAAUUUUUACCUGUAAAUACCAUGAAUUUUUACGGUAAUUUUUUUCCUUGUGUUGGUUUUCGUAAAUAGUGUAGGUUAAAUAUCUAUAUAUUCCAUCAGUCCAAUUCUCUAUACCAUGGCACCUAAAUGGAUUGAGAUAAUGGCGAAGGUCACGUUUGCUUUAUACACAUUAAAGUUGUGACUAUCGAUAUAUGAUUACGUGAUAUUUCAACCUGUUUGGUCAUUAAAACGUGUUGUAGAAUUGUGUUCUGCAU